AUGAACUAUUGUAUGAACUGUUGUAUGAACUAUUGUAUGAACUAUUGUAUGAACUAUUGUAUGAACUAUUGUAUGAACUAUUGUAUGAACUAUUGUAUGAACUAUUGUAUGAACUAUUGUAUGAACUAUUGUAUGAACUAUUGUAUGAACUAUUGUAUGAACUAUUGUAUGAACUAUUGUAUGAACUAUUGUAUGAACUAUUGUAUGAACUAUUGUAUGAACUAUUGUAUGAACUAUUGUAUGAACUAUUGUAUGAACUAUUGUAUAAACUAUUGUAUGAACUAUUGUAUGAACUAUUGUAUGAACUAUUGUAUGAACCUAAACGUAUACAUACUGUGA